ACACACUCCAAGAAAGAAAAAUCUUGUAGCUUUGUAGGAACUUGAAAACUUAUGACCGAGAGAGUUUUGGCUUUUCAGUGCUAGGCCAAGUGAUGGAGGUUUUGACAACUCAAGAUUCAUAUUAAGGAAAGAAGAGUGAGGGGAGGAGGGAGCAACCUCGGGUUGAUUAUCCAAUUUUUGCUCUACCGAAGUAGACAGAUAUGGUUUUGUAGUCAAAGCAACAGCAUCACUUUUCAAUUCUCGCUAGUUGUUUUUUGUAAAAAAGAUAAUUUUUUCCCUCUUUCUUAGUGUUUGGUUAAAAAGCACUAAGAUAGCUUAUCAUGGUUUACAUCAUUCCUUUCUAUUUUUAUGUAAUGUCAUUUCUUGAGAAUCUUUUAAAGUCAGAAGUUGACUUUAAGAAUAAGAAAUACCAAGUAAACCUUGAUGGUGGAUGUAUUAAAUUCACAUAAAUCAUUUUCAAGAAAUCGCUAUAAACCAUGUUCAUCUCACACAAAAAGAAAUCACACAUUGAAAACACAGAGACUAAGCAAAUUGAGAGACAUGAAAUACCAAGAUAAUCAACAUUUCAGCCACCACCAUAUUUUGAAAUCGCUUGUUCUUGAUGAAAAUGAGGGACUUCAAUGUCAGGCCUGUGAGAAGCCCAUUUUUGAGCCCUUUCAUGGUUGCAUCUCUUGCAACUUCUACCUCCAUGAUAAUUGCCUCAACGCGCCUCGUUCUCUAGUGCACCCUUCUCAUCCUUCUCACCCUUUAACCCUUCUUCCAACUCCCACUUAUUCGAGCCGAUCUUUUACCUGUAAUGCCUGUGGAUCUGAAGGAAGGUUAUGUAGCCUAAGUUGUGCUCAUUGCGAGUUUGAUCUGCACGUGCAAUGUGCCCUUUUGCCCCAAUCUGUCUUGCUUGCCCAACAUCAUCAUCAUGAGCUCAAACUUACAUUUGAUUCCUCUGUUGCUGAUGAGGACGAAAGCACCAUUUUUGUUUGUGAUCUCUGUCAUGGCAAGACAGAUGAGAAUUAUUGGUUGUAUUACUGUGCCGAAUGUGAUUUUGGCACACAUGUUGAAUGUGGCAUUCCCAAAAAUGUCAACAAACCGAAAGAAAAUGCAGUGACGAGUACGAAACCAAAGGAACAACCGGUCAUUAGUAGACCAACAAAAAGCCCUGGUAAGAAAACAGAGAAAAAAGCGGCCAAGAAUCCCAAAAUGAAGCCGGUAGUUGAAUCUCCAGGCCGAAAACCAGCACACAAAUUACCACAAGAAAUAGAAGGAGAAGGAAAUGCAAUGAUUGUGAAACCGAAGCUGGAAGAACCAAUCAGUGAACCAGUCAUCAGUACACCAACAAAAAGUCCAGUCAGGAAAACAGAGAAAAGAUCAGCCAAGAAUCCAGCAGAAGAUUCAGUAGACAAACCAGAAGAAAAUCAUGAAGAAAAUGCAGAGAUCAUGAAACCAAAGGAAGUACCAAUCAAGAAAUCAAAAAGUCCAACUAGGAAAACAAAGAAAAAAUCAGCCAAGAAUCCAGGAGAAAAUCCCAAAAGGAAGCCAGUAUCUGAAUCAGCGCUGGACAAAAAUGCAGCAGACAAAUUACCAGAAGGAGGAGAAGAAGAGGAGUCGUCACAUUUAACACAUUAUGAUGCUCAGCGCAGAUUGAAAGAACAACAUAUGAAGAACAUGAUCGUGCUUCAAGCUCUGGACAAUGCUGCAAGCUAUGUUGGGCCCUCGCGGGGUUAUUACUAUUAUUGACCUUCUAUCAACAUCCAACAAUAUUAUCACAGUGGUGAAGAUGAACAUUCAGUAAUAUAAUUUUAAUCAUGCACGCACAUUCACUUGUAUUCAAAUAUUUCACAUUGUUCGACUCUUGGUAUUACAUGUUGUUUUGAAGUAUUAUCUAAUUCCUAUGUUUGACAGAUUUUAUGUUUGUUAGUGUUCAUGGUAUUUUUAGUAUUGCUGCGAGCUGUUAAGAGAAUUAACUUGAAGAUUUACGCUAAUUGAUUGUGGUUUCUUAUACAAGAUUAUUGCAUAAACGUGUAUAGGUAAAGAAAUUUAAAGAUUCAGACACACACAUUCUAGUAUAACUUGACACUCCAUCGAAUAAUUCUUUCUCCCUUCAAAAAUCGAAACUUGUAAGGAAAAAUAGUUUAAUGGAGGUUCAUCUUUUCCUUGGUAAUUUAUUCUUCGAGGGGAUGCAUUUGCCGUUGAACAUGGAUUAGUUUAGAACACACAAAUUUGGCAAGUAUCCUGAUCAAAUUAUCACUGCCAAAAAUACUUUUCCUUCUGGAUUAUU